ACAGGGGCCUCCGGGGAGUGGCGGGCACGGGGAGGGAGCGGGUGGCAUGGGCCUGGGGCCCCGGGGCACGCGCCGCUCGCCGGGUCGCCGGGUGCCGCGGCUGCUGCGGCUCGUGCUGCUGCUCGGCCUGGCCCGCGGUGUCAGCGGAGAACCGGGCACCGACGACGUAAAUGUCUGUGACACAUGCCACGAACACGCCACAUGCCAGGAGAAGGACGGGAAGAGGAUCUGCAUUUGCAACUAUGGCUUUUGGGGCAACGGGAGGACACGGUGUGUUGAUAAAGACGAAUGCCAAUUCGGAGCCACUGUGAUCUGUGGGAACCACACCUCCUGCCACAACACACCUGGAGGGUUCUACUGCAUUUGCCACAAAGGCUAUCGGGCUACAAAUAACAACAGGACGUUCAUCCCCAAUGAUGGCACUUUCUGUACAGGUACUAAACGGGGCACUUGUUCCUGGCUGUGCCGUCAUGGAGGUCAGUGUAUCCAACACUCCGGGAGCUUUGAAUGCUACUGCAUGCAAGGAUACGUGGCCAAGACGGUCUGAGCCCUUCCAUCCAAGCACGACGGCACAUCAUGCACAGAAAUAGACUGUGGCCCCCCUCCUGAAGUCCCUGGUGGCUACAUCACAGGGAAUUACAGCUCCAAGCUGGGCGGUCAGGUUCGUUACAGCUGCAAAGAGGGGUUUCUCAGCGUCUCGGGAGAUGGAAUUUCACGCUGCACGGCCCUGGGCACCUGGGAAUCUCCGAAGUUACAUUGCCAAGAGUUAACCUGUGGCAGCCCUCCCGAAGUCCAGAAUGCCAUUUUGGUGGGGAAUCCCACCUCCAGCCUGGGCAGUGUGGCUCACUAUGUCUGUCAGGAGGGCUUCGAGAGUCCUGGAGAAAAGAUCACUUCUGUUUGCACAGAGAAAGGCUGGAGUGAAAUCACUUACACAUGCACAGAAAUAAUGGUCGAAAUUCAUGAUGUGUCUGUGUUUAAUGACAGCUGUGUGAGGUGGCAUAUAAGCCCAGAAAGCAUAACCUCUAAGAUUAUGUACAUGAUAAACAUUGAAAGACAGCAGUGGAAUGCUGUGGAAUCUGCUCGCGAGGAGACAGUCAACGUGACCACGGACAGCAGGACCCCAGAAGUGUGCCUUCACCUCCAACAAGGUGCCAACUACACCGUGCGCAUUUCUGCGGCCCCUCCCCUGCGCUCCCUGCCUGUCAUCCUUGGUUUCCAGAUGGCUGAAGAUGAUCUCUUGGAAGAUGGUGGAAUUCUCAAUAUUUCAGUAUUUAAUGACACGUGUUUGAAGUUGAACAGGCGUUCUACGAAAGAUGGAUCAGAACAAAUGUAUCAAGUGGAAGUUCUGGGUCAGAGGUGGUAUCUGGAGAGCUUUUAUCAUGCAACUUUCUUUAACUUCACAACAAGAGACCAAGCUCCGGAAGUGUGUUUAGAGCUGUACCCAGCCACUGAUUACACAAUAAACGUCACCCUCCUGCGACCCACUGAGCCACACUCGGCACAAAUAAACCUAACAACCGCACUAACAGCCAAACAAACCAUCACUAAUAUUUCAGUAUAUAAUGAAACCUGCCUGAGAUGGAGAAGCCUGAAGACGGCCAAUGUAGAAGAGCUGUAUUUAUUCCACAUUUGGGGCCAGAGAUGGUAUCAGAAGGCAUUUGUUCUGGAAAUAGUCUUUAAUAUCAGCAGUAGCAGCCAGGCCCCUGAGAUCUGCCUGGACCUGCAUCCGGGUACCAACUACAAUGUCAGCCUUCAGGCAUUGUCUUCAGCACUUCCUGUGGUCAUCUACCUGACAACCCAGAUAGCAGAGCCCCCACUUCCGGAAGUAGAAUUUUUCACUGUCCAAGGAGGGCCUCUACCACACUUCCGGCUGAGGAAAGCCAAGGAUGUAAAUGGACCUAUCAGCUCGUACCAGUUGUUGGUCCUUCCCCUGUCCUUGGAAAGCACGUUUUCUUGUGGAUCUGAAGGCAUGACUUCAUUUUUUGGCAACACCUCUCUUGCUGAUGGCUAUGUGGCUGUGGAAAUACUGGCUAGCGAUGUUCCAGAUGAUGCAUUGGAGAUACCUGUUGGAGACAGGCUAUACUACGGGGAAUAUUACAACGCGCCUUUGAAACCAGGACACGAUUACUGCAUCCUAGUACGGAUCACAAGUGAAUGGAAUAAGGUGAGAAGACAUUCCUGUGCCAUCUGGGCCGAGGUGAAAGACUCAUCCCUCACACCGCAGCAGAUGGUGGGCAUUGGACUGGGCUCCGUGGCUUUUGUGACCGUUCUUGCAUUCCUCUCCUUCUCAGCGGUGUGAUGGCUGGUGCACACUGCCUGGAAAUACUGCCUUAUGAUGGACAGCUGUUCCUACAGCUUUUCAGGUGCCUGGGCUGUGUGACUUCCAUCCAGAGCCCUUGUGUGAACCUGAAACCUUCUCCAUCCCAGCAUGGCCUCGUCCCUGAAUUCAAGAUGGCACCAACCUAUCUCUGUGGAAUCUUCCAAAAGGAGAAAACUUGGGAACUGUUUGAUGUGCUUCAUGCUUUCAGGAUCAGUGUGUGUCCAUGAACUUGAGACUCAUGCCCAGUGUAAUAUUGACCACAGGCCACAGCCCUGGGAGUCAGCUCCCAUACUGACCACAGGCCACAGAGCCUUAGAAUCAGCUUCUGUAGACACUGGCUGUGCCCAGGCCACAGCCCUGAGAAUCAGCUCCUGUAGACAUUGACUAUGGACAGGCCAUAGACCCUGAGAUGUGGGGUUGCUGGGUCUUACUUUAGGUGCCCCUGCUAAUUAGUUCAGGGUUCAAUCUUUCACAGUAGGUAAUGAGAUGGGCUCAAGUCUGGGCUGGAACUUGGUUUUAUAAAGGAGGUCGUUGGAUAAAGAACAGUGACAGGAACAAAUGUUUCAAGCAUUUUAGAAUUAGCCCUUCCCUACAGUUAACUGAUGAACUAAUUAGAAAAUACAGUAACGUGGCCACCCGCUCGGGUUCCCUGCAUGACUGUUAGACAGCCUGGCUUUGAUACAAUCCCAGUUGUUUAUGUGAGUUCAAAAGUAAUGCCUACUUUCCAGUAAAACACAUUCUGUAAUUUUGC